AUGAAAGUCUGUCAAAACGGCUCACCCACCACUUCAACGACGCCCCACCACCGCCGCCAGAAUUCGUCGUCCGGAUUGGAGCCAGCACGGAAACGACCGAAACUCUCGCCGCCUGUCCUGACAGCAAUGCCAUUGGAUUUAUCCGACACAAUCCUUCCAUCUGAGUCCCAAGCAUGUACAUCAACAUUAAAAGGAGUCGUGACAGCCGCCGGAGCAGCUCAGAUGUCAUCGGCAGAACGGUUAGCAGCAAGUAUAGUGGCCCCGCCGAUAUGCAUAGUACCUCGAUCCGUGGAAUUUAUCAGUCCGAAAACAGAGGACGGGAUAAUAGAUUUACCGAAUUCGAUGGGAAAUAUGCAACAGAGUGAAUUCACCGGAAUGAAAUGCCGUGUUUGUGGAGAUUCACGAGCCGGUCGUCACUACGGAACCAUCGCAUGCAACGGGUGCAAAGGAUUCUUCAGGAGAAGUAUCUGGGAGCAACGAGACUACGUGUGUCGAUUCGGUGGAAAGUGUCUAAUAGUUCAAGAGUACCGUAAUCGAUGCCGAGCAUGCCGAUUAAGGAAAUGCUUCACAGUUGGAAUGGAUGCGAGAGCAGUGCAAUCAGAGAGGGAUAAACAUAAAAAGAACCCCAAAGACUCGAAUGAGGGAAGCUCAUCGCCACAGUAUCCCACUUCUGCUACGCCCAUCUCGAUCCCUUCCACGUCCACUUCUCAAACUCCACCAACCACCUCUGUCACCUCAUUCAACUACCAAAAUAUCCCUGGAGUCGUCAGUCGAACGUUCUCUGAGAAUCUGAUAAUGAGAGACCAAUCAGUUCCCCAAGUGGAGCCACCAUCUUCAUCAUCAUCAUCUCAACAAGCAUCACAUGUUCCACUAGUCAGAUAUUUGAUAGAUUUGGAGAAGACCACCGAUAAUUUAAUCGAUGAGAAUUGUGAUUUUAUGAGUAUGGAAUUCGAUCAGUUGUGUCGAGUGGAUGUCACGAUUGAAGCUGCGUUUCGGCAGCCUGGAGUUGUCGCCAAAAGAACACCGCCUCGAUGGCUCGCCCUCGAACGACUGACAACACUGGAAGAUGUGCAUAUCGCGUGGUGUCGUUCAUUCGUGUUAUGUCUUGACUAUGCGAAAAUAAUGAAGGAUUAUCAAGAGUUGUCGCAUACUGAUCAGUACACAUUGCUAAGGAAUCGAGUCGUGUCGGUCAAUUGGUUGUGUCAUACGUAUAAGACAUUCAAAGCCGGCUGUGACGGUGUCGCCCUAGUGAAUGGUAGCUGGUAUCCGAGAGACAAAGAACUCCAAAAACAACUCGAUCCUGGAUGCAAUCACUAUUUUCGAAUUCUCAGCGAACAUCUGAUGGAGGAUUUGGUGAUACCGAUGAGAGAUAUGGAUAUGGACGAAGGGGAAUUCGUCAUUCUCAAAGCGUUGAUUCUGUUCAGAGCUCACCGUCGCCUCUCGGAAGAAGGACGUGCUCAUGUGAAACGUGUCCGUGACAAGUACAUUGAAGCUCUCUACCAACACGUUCAACACCAACAUCGUCACUUUUCCUCGGUGCAGACGUCGAUGAGAAUUAGCAAAAUUCUGUUGUUGCUACCAAGUAUUGAGCAUCUCUCCCAACAAGAAGACGACAAUGUGCAGUUCCUUGCACUCUUCAAUUUAGCAAAUCUCAACGGUUUACCGUACGAAUUGCAUUCCUCAAUCAAACAACACAUCCCAAAUGGUGAUGAUGAUACACAGGUAAACGAAGUGACAUCCAACAACGAUGGGCCACGAAGCAGUGAAAGCAGUCACACUCCGCUAUCAGUCUCCACAUCGCAAUACUCUGAUUUUCCCUCAAAAAUGCACUAG